GUCACUCACUCUAUUCACUGCUGCCACUGAAAUUUCAUCAGCAUAACCUGAAAGCGCGUAGCCUAAACCCACGUGCGAACUGGUUCCGAAGACAUUGCGAUAUAAAUAAAUAAAUAAAUUUAAGAAAAUGAGUGAUUCUGAAAAGGAGGAUGACCAGCCAGUAAAUACAGAGCCUGUAGACAAUGCGUGGGACCUCAAGGUUCCUGCAUUCAAGCCGGAACACAACCCACACCGUUUACUAGAGGAAAGUUCGUUCGCAACGUUGUUUCCAAAGUACAGAGAAAAAUAUUUGAAACAGUGUUGGCCGCUGGUGCAGAAGUCGUUACAGGAACAGGGUAUCAAGGCUGAAUUAGAUCUGAUUGAAGGUAGCAUGACAGUGAAGACGACACGAACAACUUGGGAUCCCUACAUAAUUAUCAAGGCCCGGGACAUGAUUAAACUGAUGUCUAGGUCUGUGCCAUACGAACAGGCAGUCAAAGUUCUACAGGACGACAUCGGUGCUGAUAUUAUUAAAAUAUCGUCCUUGGUCAGGAACAAGGAGAAGUUUGUCAAACGAAGACAGCGGCUAAUCGGACCCAACGGCUGCACACUGAAGUCAAUCGAGCUGUUAACUAAGUGCUAUGUUUUGGUUCAAGGGCAAACCGUAGCUGCUCUUGGGCCCUACAAGGGACUACAGCAGGUGCGACGAAUCUGCGAAGAUACAAUGAAGAACGUGCAUCCGAUUUACAAUAUCAAGGCGUUGAUGAUAAAGCGAGAACUGGCCAAGGAUCCUAAGCUGAAAAACGAAAAUUGGGAGAGAUUUUUACCAAAGUUUAACAGCAAAAAUGUUAGCAAAAGAAAACAGCCAAAGAAUAAAAAGGCUAAGAAGGAAUACACACCGUUUCCUCCGCCGCAGCAAGAAAGUAAAAUCGAUAAACAGUUGGCAUCUGGAGAAUUCUUCCUUAAAGAGGAACAGAAACAGGCUAAGAAACGUAAGGAACAGGAGACCAGGCAUGAGGAGGCUGCCAAAAAGAGAGUCGAAAGAAGAGCUCAGGCCUUUGUUGCUCCUGAGGAAAAUGUUGCAACGAAAAAUGUUAGCAAGAAAGGAGAUAUCAACAUCGAGGAGUUUAAGAGAAAAGUUAAAAAAGGUUUUAAAAAACGUAGCGCUGCUCCUUCCUAAACUGUGUAUAUACUUCUAUCAUACUAAACUUACAACUUGUGGUACGUUUAUUUUUUAUAAGAUUAAGCCGGGUUGUAUUAAAAAAA